AAAUAAUCCAAUGCCUCAAUUGACGCAACAAUAGCCAUGGCGCUCCCUCUCUCUCGCUGUCGCGCCUCCUUGCGCCUCAGUACAUGCACCCGAUCCUUAAUCCCCUUGCGCACCCGCCAAUUCCUCCCCCGAAGCUUCAGCCACUCCUCCUUCGCCUACUCGAAAACCCAGCCCACCAAAGACGACGUCCUCAACCUCUGGGAUCAGUGUACGACGACUUCAAUGCCCGCUAGGUCGGUGCUAACGUGCGCCAGAUAGCAAUGCGGGAAUACCGACUACCCCUGGUGUCAAUGGCCAGUAUGCGGGGUUCAUGAAUAAGAGGAGAAACAUGUCUUCGAAGCUCUCGUUCGCAGAUCUCGUUCUACCAUCUGGCGAGGUCAUUCAGCUAUGCGCCGACUCCACGAAAUAUCCUGAAGCAUCCGCGCUCUUUCGAAGUAUUCGCGCAACAAGCCCCGUUGUCGUUAGCACCGAAAGCGAAGCGAGCCCAAGCCCAGACACCGAGAAGCAACCCUCCAAGCGAACCUUUUACGUCAAAAACAUCCGACCAUUGAACGACGUACAGCAAAACCUCAUUGUAACACCCGAUGUCAUAUUCCCCGACACCAAGCGCCACUACCAACUCCGCCAUCACCCAGAGCUCCUCGCAAGACUUCAAUUCCGAUCAUGGCUCAAAGGACAAUUGACAGCCGGUCUCCAAGAAAAAGGCUUCACAGACAUCGAAACUCCAACACUAUUCAAGUCAACACCCGAAGGCGCACGAGAAUUCCUCGUACCAACCCGCCGACCCGGUUUCGCAUACGCUCUCACACAAAGUCCCCAGCAGUACAAGCAGGUCCUCAUGGCGAGCGGUGUUUCGCGAUACAUGCAGUGGGCGCGCUGCUAUCGUGAUGAGGAUGCUCGUACGGACCGGCAGCCUGAGUUCACACAGCUUGAUAUGGAGUGGGCGUUUGCGAAUGCGGAGGUGGUGAGGAGGGAUGUUACGGAUAUUGUGUUGCGGUCGCUGGAGGCUUUGAGGCCGGCGCAUAGCUACAAGGACAUUCGGGGAAGUCGUGUGCCUGUGAUUGCAGACAUUCCCGAAGGUUCUCGUCCUGCUGAUGAGCCGGUCCAGCACAAGGUUACGACACUUACGUUCCAAGAGUGCAUUUCCAUGUACGGAACCGACAAGCCAGACUUGCGGCUCCCAGGAAGAAUCCACGCGAUACCGAACGAAAUGUGCGAACAGUUCGCCAGCAUGAUGACAUACCUCAAAGACCCCCUCAUCGAAGCCUUUCACAUCCCCGUAAAAGACCUCGAAGACGACAUCCCAAGACCAAAACGCUUCACCGAAGAGUUCAUCGAAUCAUUACCAAAACACCUUCGCGAGAACAAAGACGGCAUGCCAGUGAUCCUAGUCUGCGACUCCCGACAACCCCGCGGCGGCUUCUCUUCCCUCGGUGUAGAAUGCGAUGAAAUCGUCAACAUUGCAACAGGCGGAAAGGGCGUUCUCGAGGGUGACAUUCUCGUCUUCCAAGCCCGCGAGAAGCCAGAAGGUCAAUACUACCGCGCCUCCACAGCAAUCGGCGAAAUCCGCAACGAGCUGUACAAGAAACUUCUCGCCAACGGUCUAGUAGAAGACCUCCCCGCGCCCGGUACUCCUGAUUCAAUGCAAUUCGUCUGGGUAACCGACUUUCCCAUGUUCAAACCCACCGGCGAGGACAACGACCCAGGCCAAGAAGGCGCCGCCGGCAUCGCAGCAGCCCACCACCCCUUCACAGCCCCCAAAUCCAAGCACGAUCUCGAACUCCUCUUCACAGACCCGCUACAAGCCAAGAGCGCAGCAUACGACCUCGUCCUCAACGGCGUAGAAGUCGGCGGCGGCAGCGAGCGUAUCCACAUACCCGCUGUGCAAGAGUUUAUCAUGCGAGAUAUCCUCAAGAUGAAGGAUAGCAGGAUUGCAGACUUUGCACAUUUGUUUGAUGCGCUGAAGGCAGGGUGUCCGCCGCAUGCGGGGUUUGCGCUGGGGUUUGAUCGGUUGGUUGCGCUGUUGACGGAUACGACUACUGUGAGGGACGUUAUUGCGUUUCCGAAGACGAUGAAGGGUGAGGAUCCGUUUGUCAAGGCGCCGACGAGGGUUACGGCGGAGCAGCUUGCGCCGUAUGGGUUGCAGUUGAAGGGGAAGCAGUGAUGAAUAUGUGGAUGCUGUAUAAAAGUGAUGAUGGAUAGAAUCGCGACUCAUUGUUUGGAUACUGGGUAUAGAAGUGUAUAUUAUUGUAGAUGAGUAUGUAUCAUAAAACAAAUGCAUCAGGACACAGGCAUGCUUUCCGAACUGGAC